AAGUCAGCGUCGACAUGGCAACGAGUAUACACUGCGAAUAGACAUUUGCAAAUCGGGCAAGUACAUGAGGACUCCACAAACUGUUUGCUCAUUAACCUCAUGAUCAAAUUACUCUAAUAUGACAAGUCAUCUCUUGUGGGAAUUUGGAUAUCGGAUAACGUUAGAUGAUGGCCGAAACCCGGGUCAUCCCGAGUGGAGAAGUGUACCGGCAGAUGUUUGAUGCGCAGGUCCAGCUGUCUUUGUCUCUUCAUGAUGGACGAAGCAAACGUGCUGCCAGUGGAGGAUUUUACCUGAAUUGUGAUGGCCAAGAGGGUCAAGAGGUCCACCCUCGAGUGCUGCGGACCAGGGUUGAGACGGAAUGUUCGACGUGGUCCGAAGACACCACUGCACGGGCACAGCCAUUCUCAGGUGGCACGACAAUACACAAAAAUCAUCAAAUGAUAAAGGAGAUCCGUGGUCUACCAGAUAAUGUUGAUGCUGAGGUAAAGGGUUCAGAUAUUAUUGAACGCCUCAGGAAGAAAAAACUAAAGGAUCACACAGAGGCUGUUGCUCAGUUGCAUCAGGAUCUUUCUGCGAUAAGUGUGAAAUAUGAACUCUGCAUCAAACAACAAGCAGAGAAUACUAUGUCUCAGCUUGUAAAAUAUGAUGACAUUGUUGAGAGUCUCAUGGGAAAGCUUGAUAGUGCAUCCGAUUCUGAAAGCUUUAGCAACCAGGACUUUCAUAUGCUCUGGGACUUGGUCAGCCAGGAAUCAGCCAACAGGAGGGAGUGGAUUAGGAAACUAGAUGAAAAUCUUGAAAAACUAAUUUCAGAGAGAACAGCUGUGAUUUCAACAUUGCUCAGAAAAUACACUCAGAACUUAAAAAAAUUCAGCUAUGUCUUGCCUUGUGAUGUUCAUCGACUAAUGGACAGUGAAGCCAUGAUGAUAAAUCAGGCAGUGCUGUCUAAUAGAAGGGCUGUGGCCAAACUGAUGUUGAACCUGAUGGAGGAGGACCUGCAGAAAGAGGCACUCCAUCGGUUUCGAUGGGAGGACAAACUGAAAGACUGGAAAAGAAUCAAGGUCCUUGCUGCAGUCCAGAGAUUCAAGGAUCUUAUGAACAAUCCAGACUUAAAGUGCUCUAAGGACAUUGUGGCCACAUUGGAGAUUUUGCAGGAGUCACAGGCACAGUACAAUAAGGAGAGGACCUCUGUCCUACAGGCAAUCAAAACUUUGACACCACCAAAUUGCUCCAAGUCCUUGAUAACGGCGUGGUAUUCCAAUUUAUCUGCAGUAAAUGAUAAAAUGGACUGCAUGCAUAUUGACACAAUUAAGAAAUUGCAGAGCUACUAUGAAAACAUCUGGCAGAACUGCCUAGCAGAGGUGGAGCACUUCAAGGAUGAAGUACUCACUUAUGGGUUGCCUGCAGAAGAAAUUCAAGAUGUUGUUGACACAGGACUACUAUCUUUGAUUGGAAAAUGCCAGAAACAAGUAGAGGAUCAUCUCGAAAUCUUGGAUAGAGCGUUUGAAUAUUUGGCAAAGAAAGCUGCUGGCCAGAGUAAAUUGCUUUUCAAGUUCAUGCAAGCAGCGUCUCAUCUUUGGGAGGUGCACACUGUGGGGCUUCAGCAACGAGAGCAGCAGCUGCAAGAGCAGGUGGAACAACUGCAUCAUGUCCACAAGCAGGAACAAAUGAAAAAAGACACUCAGCUAGACAUCAUGAUGGACAGACUUAGACAAGAAAGUUCAGAGGAGGCCUUGAAAGCCACCCUUGAUAAAAUUAAUGGCUUUUUGGGAGAAAUAAAACAAGGGUAUAUGACUCUUCGUCAAGAAGAAGUUGAUACAGUGGAAUGUUAUCCUACCAUGGUCCAAGAAGAACUGCAAAUCUAUAGCAUGGCUCUCAGCAGAUUCUUCAGUGUCAACGAAGUUGAUUGUCAGGUAUCUGAUGAACUCAGGACCCUUUAUCCUAGUCUUCAAUUAGAUGUCAAUGACAAAGCCGUUAUAAAAAGAAAGAAGCAAAUUCUGAAUCUGUGCAAGAAACGCUUUGUGACAUCUGGAAGUCCAAACUAUGGCAACUCAUUCUCAGAUGACUCACAGACUCUCAAGGAUGAUGUUGACUGCCCUCAGGUGUUCUGUGACUCUCGGAGUCAGGAGUCCUUCACCAGUGCCAAAGGAAAUAUUUACAGUGCAGUGAAGUUUGUGGUUCUGAGUGCUGAUGAUGACCAGGAACUGGAUAUUCCAGAAGUUGUGCUGGUGAAAUAUCCCACAGGCCUCCUCAUCAAACUCCUUGGAGAAGUGCGUUUGGCCUUUUUCAACCACCUUGAAGAGUGGUACAGUUCCGUUUUGAUGAACACUGCAGAUGUGAUAUCAGCUAAGAAAGUUGAGGUGGAAGCUGAGCAUGCUUUGCGCCUGCAUCUGCACCAACCCCGCGCCAGGCGGAUAGAAAUGGACAUCUACAAUGUUCGUGCAGCUGAACUGGUGUUCCAUAGAGAUCAUAUAGAAAAACACUCUAAAGCGGUGCUCCAGUCCCUGGCCAUGUUCCGCAGUGAAUUCCAAGAACUUCAGAUCCAACAGCACAAGCUCACUGCAGACUUCAAGAUGCAAAUCUAUGGCAUGGAGGAUAUGUUCAACUUAGCAACUAAAUCUGAUGUCUUGGUUAAUCUCUCUGGUACACUGCAAUCCAACCUGGAGAAGCACAUUACUGUCAUCCAGGAAUCACAGAGACACUUCAGACAAAAAAUUGAGCAGAAAUUAGACAACCUCCGAGGAGCCAAUGCAAAGUUAAUCAAAUCCAUCAGAUUGUUUUCUGAGGGAGGAAACUACACACCUAAAGAAACUGAACUCCAUCAGAAACGCUUAGAGAAGAUUGCUAAGCGGAUUGACUCAACAGAUGAGGCCAUAAGCUUGGAAAUGGAAAAUGUUGAAUGCAAAUCUCUCGAGCAGGCCAAAGAUAUUAUUGUGAGAUUUGAAGAUAAAUUCCAGUUUUUGACGGUGGAUCUCAAGUUUCUGGAGAAAAUCCAGGGAACACUAACUAGCACACAGGUUCAUAUUAAAACAGAGGUAACAAACAGCAACAUGCAAAAGAAAAAUAUAGACGAUCUAAUUAAUGAUCUGGAAAUUAUGGUUCAGGCCUGUUCCAAUCCAAGCCCUGAUAAGCAAGAAAUGACACUAGAAGAAGUUCUCACUUUUACCACAGCCUUGAUGGAAGACCUGAGAAAGAGAUGUUUCUACCUUGAUUGCUUUUUAGACCCAUCCAUGGCUGAUCAACUGCUAGAUUCCCCACUGCAGGGGCCAUUUGCAGUAGCAGCCCGUCCCCUUUCCCAUAAGGAGGAGAAAGGAAACGGCAGCUCUACGGUGGAUGGGCUUUUACACCCUAGCAGCAUAGGAAUAUCCUUUAUAGAUGAUGUGGCUGUUGGCGUGAUUAAGGGGCUCUUAAGAUUAAGCAAGCCUAAGGUUCUGCCAGAUACUCAAACAGAGUCUCCAGAUCGAGUCUCAACUGCAGUAGUGGGUGGGCCCUCUCCUGCAGCCCAGAGAAGGAGUAAUAAUGGGCUGGAAAGCCUCCGCAGGAGGUCUCAGGACUCCAUCAGCACUCAGAGUGGAAAGAGGUUUGCCAAGGCCUCUCGCUUUGACAAGAGAUUUCAGGUGUUUGGACCCAGGCCUGAGGAACAAAGCAUGCCAAACUUUAAGGGGAUAGUGACAAAUAUCCUAUGGAAAGCUAAUGAUGGCCUUCUUCUGGUGGCAGAGGAGUUCUACAAGAAGAAGGAGCGACGACUGAUGACACGGCCACAGUACUUACAGGAGACAUUUGACCAGUGUGCAGAGGAUAUAAACAGGAGACUUUUGCAAUACAAAAGCCAAGCACUAGACUACCACAACAGUUCCCUACAAGAGUUAAGGCAGCAGCUGAAGGACUGUGAAGACUGUUUGUCUAGAGUCCCAGUGUUACUCAUCUACAACCUCACCGAACAGUGCUUACACAGCUUAAGUGAGGAUAUGGAUCUCAAACGACAGAAGCUUGCAGUCACCUUGAAGGAAAGUGAGGAGAAAAAGAGGGAGUUGAGAAAACAACUGACCGUACGUCUUAGCCACCCGGCUUGCGCAGCAGAGCUACAGCAACUGCAGGAGAUUGAGGAGCGUAGGCAGAAGGAGCAUAGCAGCGCCAUCAGCAGCACUACCCUCCAACUAAAGGACUGUCUGAGGAACCAUGGGGAACAUUUUGUUUCUACUCUUGCUACGCUGAGUGAGAGCCUGCUAUUCCAGAUGGAUGACCUGCUGACAAUUGAUGAUAUUCACGGAGGAAAGACUGAACUGAAGGACAAGCUUACAACUGCUGGAACAACUAUAGAGGAGGACAACUGUGCUAAGCACAGAGGCAAACGCAUAUGGCAAGGGCUGGUCUACUUUGAGUCGUUUGAUGAUAAAUUGAUGGAAAAGUCUAACAGACAAACCGCCUCGAUCACCACAGCCAAGACAACAUUGGUCCAUUUGCAAACUAUUGAAGCAAGAGAUGAUGCACACCAGCGUUACCUGCAGAGAUAUAAAGAGGAGUUGGCCCAGUUAGAGGCAAAGAUGGAUGCUCAGAUGUCUAAACUGCUAAGCUGGCAGGAACACUGGAACGAGCAGUUGAAGAGCCUUGCCAGAUUCAACUCUGAGUGACCAGAACACCUUUAAUAUGUACUGAUGGAUGAUGAGCUUCCAUAUUUAACAUUUUCAAUAAAAUAUGUUUACAAUUCAAUUGUGUGCUAGAAAACACAAACAUGGGUUACUAAAGUGAUUGCACAAUCUAGACGAUUUUGAAGGAAAGAAAGAAAAUAAAACACUACAAGUAUUCGCAUGACAAUUA